CGGAUUGAAAUCUCGCCGAUGGAAAUCAGUCUCGUGUCAGAAGGAAGGAUGAGGAGUUGAAACACUGUAAUCCGAGCUGUUUUCGCGCUGUAUGUGUCGGUUGAGUGGGCGGAGUUUUACUCGCUGUGCUAUGUAUAUGUCGGUUAAGUGGGCGGAGUUUUACAGCUCUGAUUGCUGCUUUCAUUCUCCACUCACAAGCCAGGACACGCAGAAGCGCGAGGCUGCUUUCCAAACAUCCUGAACGCUUCCCACACAUGCGCACUACGUAGGGCGCGACAUAAUGCGUUCACCUCGUCACACGAGUGCACUUUGUGUGCUGUGUGGUGGCGUUUGGGCCUCGGCCUCGGUUUGAGCUCACAGCCUUGGGAUGCAGUUGGCACAGCGAGGUGGCCGUGCUCUCGAUUAGCUCUGCUUCUUGUUUGAGAUGAGUGUUCUCCGAUUAUUCAGGAUUAUUGUGGAAUAGCUAUCGGAUUAGGGAUUUUUUUAAAAACAAUAUAUGCUCAAUUAUUGUCGUAAACAUGGAUUACAGGUAGAAAAUAAUCGUAAUCAUUUCUUCCCAGUCCCUAAUACUGGGUUACUUCUUCGUGCGCGAGUGGUUUUUUUUUUUUAUUCUUCUUCUUCUUUGGGAAUCGGUUCAUUCUGGAAACUCCUUCGACAUCACGGUUUAAACCGCGCAUGAAAUCCACCGAGAUGUGGAGCAGAAACGAUUUCGAGGAUGGCCUGGAUAUCUAUAAAGCAGGAUCAAACCAGCUGAAUAUUGGGUAAUAUCUACGGUUAAUGGUGCAUAAAUCUGGCAGCACUUCCUCACGUCCUCUGCUGAGUUACUACACUGUUCCAGUGCGUCCUCUCCUGGGUGGGUGCCAGGCUGUGAGUCAGCAUGGCACGGCUCGUCUUCCGUCAGCAGCAGUAACCGCGCCAGGCGCCACAGCGCCGCCUCCGACAGCGCCGACACAGGCAUAGGAACGUCCUGCUCGGACAGCGUGGAAGACCACUCCAGCUCGAGCGGCACGCUGUGUUUCCAGCCCCUCCGCUCGCAGGGCUCCAUCCCCACCGCGCAUGUCAUGCCAUCUCCAUCCAGCUCCAAGCUCAGCGCCCAGUCGGUUCCCAGCAGCCCGUGGAACAGCAGCCAGCUCUCCUCCCCUGUCUCCAGCCCGCUGGACAUGAAGGACCCUCGACCCGUGCGCCGCUGGUCCUCCCUCACCCGCCUGGGUGGCCAGGAGAAAAGCGGCAGGACGUCGUGUCACCCGGACGCCCACGGAUCACUGGACCGUAGCCUGCUCCACGCCCGGGCCGACUCGUCUCCGCUCAAGCCGAGCACGCUGGACCUGAGCUACAGUGCCUUACCUGAGAGCAGAGCCUCCCUUGUGAUGCCCAGGGGGCACCAGGCCGUCGGUGGGUCGCCCAUCCAGCCCAGCGUGAGGACUCAGAUGUGGCUGAGCGAGCAGAUGGAGUUCAGACCCGAGGGCGUGAGCACGUGGCUGAGCGAGCAGCAGCAGCGAGACAGGAUGAGGCAGGAGGCCGAGAUCUCGCAGAUGCUGGGUGGCGCUCCUCUCCCUGUGAACACGCUGGUGAAGAUAAAGGAAGGGCUACUGAGACAACGGGAGAUGGAGAUCGAAAGGCAAAAGCAGCAGAUCCUGCAGCUCCACGCCAGAAUCAGGGAAAACGAGUUAAGGGCGCAGCAGGUCCUCCAGAACCAGAGAGGGCGCUGUGACGACUCAUAUGCGCUUAAAACAAAGGAGAGCCCACUGGACAGCCCCGCGUCGUCCCUGCAUAGCCCUCAGACUCCGGUGUGCUGCGAGAACGGAGAGCUGGCGCGCAGACUGGCCUCGUCCGAGCUCGAGGUCAUCCACCUCAAAGAGUUCCUCAAGCAGAACACGCAGAAAUACACAGAGGACAUCAAGAAGCUGGAGGAGAAGAUGAAGACGCGUGAUCGCUACAUCAGCAGUCUAAAGAAGAAAUGUCAGCGAGAGCAGGAGCAGAAUCAGGAAAAGCAGCAGCGCAUCGAGACUCUGGAGAAAUACCUGGCAGAUCUGCCCUCGCUGGACGAGGUGCACACCCAGGCCCAGCAGUUGGAGGAGGUUCAGACGAAGGCGCAGACGCUGCAGGACACAGCGGCACAGCUGGAGCGGAGCUUAGAGGAGAGCCGCACUCGUCUGCAGGAGAAAGACGCACUCAUCGAGAGACAGGCCAAGAGGGAGAAGGAGCUGAUGGCUGCCGUGCAGAGUCUGCAGGAGAAGGUGGAGAAGUGUCUGGAGGACGGAGUGCGCUUGCCCAUGCUGGACCUGAAGCAGCUGGAGAGGGAGAACACGCGUCUCCUGGAACAGCAGUCUCACAACCGGACGCUGAUCGACAGCCAGAAGCAGCAGAUCGACAGACUCACCCUGGAGUUAACGGCACUGGAGAAGAAGCUGCAGAAGGAGAGAGCCAUCACGCAGGAGCUCCAUCAGCAGCUCGUAGAGAGAGAGGAGGACCUGAAGACGCUGUCUAAAAGCGUCCAUCAGAAACAGCAGCAUGUGGAUAACGGCUCCGUGAUGCAGGAAGCGGGCUCUCUGCUAAAGGAAAUGUCUCUGUGUCUGCUGGACCUGAAGGCUCUGUGCAGCAUCCUCACCCAGAGAGCGCAGGGCAAGGAACCGAACCUGGCACUGCUGCUGGGCAUCAAAUCCAUGAGCUGCUCGUCCGACGAGAGCGAGAAGCCGCAGGUGGAGGACGGGUUGCGGGCCAAGCUGCUGGAGGUGCGUCAGCUGAGGGAGGACAUCGACGAGCUGCGCACCAUCAUCUCCGACCGCUACGCGCAGGACAUGGGGGAGAACUGCGUGACGCAGUGAGCGCCGCCCUAGAGGCCGAGCCACCGCUUCUCUCUCUCUCUCGCUCAGACACACAAGGGAAAAGGAGAAUAAAUCCGUCUGACUACUGAAUGUUGGACCAAGCUGUGAAUCGAGUUUACACCUCUGAGUCUUUGUAGCUCCGUGUUCAUCUCCAACUUCUGAGAUCUUCAUAUUGUGUUUUUUUUUUAUUUUUUUUAUUCAGGACCGUGGGAAAGGCCACGAGUCAUUUCCUUACCGUAUUUUCCGGACUACGAGUCGCGGCACUCUAAAUUCAAAAUCAGGCUCUACAUCGCUUUGUUUACUCACAUUUUCAUUUCACACUAUUGCAGGUUAAUUCUAGCGCACGUGACGUAACGUGACGAUCCACAGCCGUAGCCGAGAGCCGAUCUGCUUGCGGCUACACGUUGGUGGUCACCGUGAGAAAAACGCAGAUUUGUAACUUUAUCGCACUUAAAGAAACCAAACAUCUCGUCAUCCAGAAAAUACGGGAAGGGAGCGAGGCGGUGAUGAGAUCACACCGUGGGUGUUCAGAAAUCACAGCAAUGCAAAGGGAGCUACAGCACACACACACACUCGGAGUGUGGAAGUGUGUGAAGUGGUUCCCACUGCUCCAUCAAGUGCCUUGUGAUGUUCCAGUGCAUUCGCUGAUUGUUUUACGUCUCCAAAGCCCAAACCGUGACACAUCCUCAGUCUCACCAAAAAGAGCUUCACCUCCUCCAUCCAACGCUGUGGGUCGCGGGUCGACACCGAGGCAGAUUGCGCUCAUUUACACACACACACACACAGGUCUUCCAUUCAGCACCUUGUAUUUGAGUGUGACGUUGAAUCCUUUAUGUUUUUGUAAAAAAAAAGUGUGCGUAUUAUUGUUUUUUCUUCUAAUAGGACUCUGUAUUAACAAUAUAAACAAUCCAGGCUCAGUGGAACGCUCGAACAGCGCAUGAUAAACAAACCCGUACAUGAGAAAUUGUCCUGGAUUUCAGGUAACGGUUUUAAAUACUUUUUUUUUUUUUUCCUUGUAGUAGAUCAGCGUAAAGAUCAGGGGCUGUGUAGAAACUGCUCAGAUGUUACCGUCAGAUUUCACGGGGGGUUUGUACUUUACUUAACAGAAUUGCAGAGUUUUGUUACAGUUUAAACGUUAAGACCACGCAAAUAAACAAAUAAGAAGACUCAGGUAUAUAAAGCCGACAGCGUUAAGACUCCACCCUGACGGUGGACGAGCUUUGCGUUCUCAUUUCAAAAAGGGAUUUUAACUCCACAAGCGUCGUCUCGUCUCACAUCGGAGCUGUCCUUUUUGUCCUCCAUUUUGACCCGGUAUAGGACGAUUUCUUAUUCCCUGUAAUAUAUUAUUAUAUAUAUUAAAAAAAACAACAUAUAUGCUCGGUCGUGACAACCUGUGCACAGACGUUUUCUGGACAGUGAAUGUUUUUGGAUAUUUAUUUCUAAGAUGUUUCCACUAACGUAUCGAGCUGGUAAAAUUAGCUUUGUUUUGUGUGUGUGUGUCGUAGAGGCGUAGGUGUGUUUGAGUGUUUUAUCGCUCCAGACGGAGUUUGUGCAGGAACAGACGGUCUCUGAAGCUGGUUGGACAUGCUAUGCAACCUCAUAUUUACCAGCAUAGAAUUCAGCAGACAUUGCUUUCCUGUGCCUUUAUAAAUCUAUGCAGCAGAGUUGUGUGUGUGUCCGUAAUCGAUAUGAUGAGUGAAGCCAUAGGCACAAACAAUGCAGAUUUCUACUCAGGUUAAGUGAUGAAGAACCUGAUGGGGAGUGUGUGUGUGUGUGUGUGGUGCAUGUUAGAGAGGUGUGAGAGCAGAAGGGGGGGGUGGGGGAGGGGAGACAGAUGUGCAUGGUUGUCAUGGCCAAUUGUGAUCACACUGUGUGCGCUGGAGGCUGCUGGUUGGCUUCACUUCUCUCUCUCGUACUUUAAGCUUUUAGUUUUUCAGCUCGACUUUCCACAUGCCAAAGCUCUAUUUAUGUACAUUUACAGAAAGUAUCGACUCGUAUUUUUUCAUGUAAAACAAAAAGGACAAAAAUGUUUGCUUUCCAUUUGUACAGAGAACAAAUAAAAUAUUUUUCUACAAGUA